GAGUGGGAUCAGCUCCUCUCCCCAGUGCUCAGGGCGGCACUUCCAAAGGCUGGUAUCUGCCGCAACUUUCCUCGUGCUAUGGUCUAUGCCCCCAUUGCACUCCAAGGAGUGGGUGUCCCUCAUCCUUACGGUCUCCAAGUCAUCAAGCACUUGGACAUGCUACUUUGCCAUAAGGCUAACCGGACCAAAACGGGCGCCUUCUUGGAGGCAGUCCUUCAGGCACAUCAGCUUGAAACCGGUACCUCCUACGGCCUCUUCCAACAAGUCUAUGCCAACACCUCCAUCCUGGCGUCUGACAUGUGGACUUGA